AUGUUUAAUUUGUCUUUACUAAGACAAUUUACACGAUUAUCAAUAGUGCCUGCAAUUUCCCCAUCAGUUAUAAGUAGAAAUGUCUCUGCGACUGCGUCUUUGCAGUUUAAAAUAACAGAUCAGCUUUGGGCAGAGCCAAUGAAAAAGAAAAAGAAGAUCGACCCGGCCAUUGUUAAAGCACGUGAGGAAAGGCGUCGUAAGAAAUUAGAAAAGCAAAUCCGGAGGCUGGAAAAAAAUGCCCGACAGUUGAAGCCUAUUGAUGAAAUGGAAGUGCCCCUUGAACUGUUGGACAAUUUCAAUAAGAGAAAGAGGCCGCAACCUAAAUUGUCAGCAGAAGUGAUAGAAGCUCGUGCAUUACUGCAAAAAGAAUGGACACGGUACAAACGUGCAGAGUAUAUGGCCAAUGUGGCACAAAUUGACAGAAUUAUGGCUGCACAACGUAGAGCACUUGAAAAGCUUUAUGAGGAAUCUGAGGAUCUAUACAAUGAGGCUAUAAUGCCCGAUAUGUCGCUGAUUCCAUAUGAAAUCCGCGGGACGGUCGCCACGCCACCUAUCAAAAACUACGAGUCACCGGACGGCGAGUAUAUCGACAUUUCUAAGAAGUGGGAUAAUUAG